AUGUUUGCGUGGCCAGGCUUGCUUGCUGCAGAACAGCAGCAGCCUUCCUCGACAAACCGCAAUGUCCAUCAACAACUCGACCACCAGUCGCCCUCGUCGACAGCGAUGGUCAUCGAAGACUGGACGACGCCCGCGACGACAAAGGAUCGCCCUGCCCCACCGUUGACCGCCGCCAGUCAGUCGACAACUACAGUUGCCGGUUCAAACUCACCGACAGCGCCCACCGUCUCCGCAACGACAUCCACCAUAGAACUCUCCGAUUUCCCCACUCUCGAUGAUUUUGCUGCCUGUGCACGGUCCAGCCGCCUGUUUUGGCAGUUUGAAAUAGUCGCUGACGACCACCUUGCCAGGAGCGACGAACAACAACUCGAUGAUUUCUCCCCCGUUUUACCCCGGAUACAAUUAUUAUUCGAUGCCAUACCCGUAUUGGGGUGCGCCACAGUCGACAACGGUCCCCGUAUCCAAUUACUCGACCCUAAACGGCGCGACCAAUCCCACUGGCCCAACCACAAGCCAGCCUCAGGGACAGCACCAACCGGCACGGCAAACGACAAUAGAAACGGCGGAUCUACAAUCCCACUCAUCCCACUCCCAAUCCUCCACACCUCAAACCCAAGGGCAGCCACAGCAGCAACCACAACAUCCGGGUGGCUCCCAGUCAAUGUCUGUCGAGUCUGUGUCCUUCCGUGGCCACUCGGUGCAACCCACUGA